UUUUUUCCUUUUUCUUCCAGGACCUGCAUCAUUGCAGGUGAUUUUACCUAUAGCUACAGUGUGAGCCUUAAAAGGAGCAAGUCACCAUGUCAGCUGUGGACCAGAUGCGUCAAAUGCUUGACCAGUUGAUGGGAACUGGGCGUGAUGGAGAUUUGAGUUCACAGAAGGUGAAAUUCUCAGAUCCAAGAGUCUGCAAAAGCUUCCUUCUUGCCUGUUGCCCACAUGACCUCCUUGCAUCUACAAGAAUGGAUCUUGGAGAAUGUCCAAAGGUUCACGAUGUUGCUUUGAAAGCGGACUAUGAGAGAGCAUCCACAGAGAAAGACUACUAUUAUGACAUCGAUGCAAUGGAGCACUUACAAAGUUUCAUAGAAGAUUGUGACAAGAGAACAGAGCAAGCAAAGAAACGUCUUGCAGAGACUCAGGAGGAACUUAGUGCAGAAGUUGCUGCAAAGGCCAAUAGAGUUCAUGAUUUAGCUGCUCAGAUUGGAAAGAAGCUUGCAAGAGCAGAGCAGCUUGGGGAAGAAGGGCAAGUGGAAGAAAGUAUGAAGCUCAUGGAGGAGGUGGAGGAAACCCGCAAGGAGAAGGCGGCAGCCGAGCAGGAUUACCGUGCUGCGAUGCCUGCCAGCACGUACCAGCAACAGAAGCUACGAGUCUGUGAGGUCUGCUCUGCAUAUCUUGGCAUCCACGAUAAUGACCGACGACUUGCCGAUCACUUUGGAGGAAAGCUACACAUCGGAUUUAUCCGCAUCAGGGAGAAGCUUGAUGAACUUCGAAAAACAGUGGAGGCAAGGCGAGAAGAGCGACGGAAGGCAUGGGAAAGAGAGAAGGAGUUGAAAGGUCGUGAGCAGGAUGCUGACCGUGCUCGGGACGAUAGGAGGAGGGAGGACCGAGGUCGGGACUAUGACCGUGAUCGUGAUCGGGAUCGGGAUCGGGAUCGUGAUCGGGAUCGUGAUCGUGAUCGUGAUCGUGACCGUGAUCGUGACCGUGAUCGUGAUCGGGAUCGGGAUCGAGAUCGAGAUCGAGAUCGUGAUCGUCGAUCUCAUUCUCGUCACAGCAACAGCCACCGUUCUUCUGAGCCUCGUUCUCGUUCUCGCAGUCGCUCUCAGUACGCGAGAAAAUCCAUCAAUUGCACAAUCAUGGGGAAGAUUUCUUGUGGACCUGUGGUGGACGUUCUGGGGGAUGAGAUGACCCGUGUGAUCUGGGAUCUAAUCAAGGAAAAGCUAAUUUUGCCAUUCUUGGAUGUGGAACUUCACACUUACGACCUGGGAAUUGAGAACAGGAACAAGACAGAAGAUCGGGUUACUGUCGACUGUGCCUAUGCCAUCAGGAAGUAUAAUGUUGGCAUAAAGUGUGCCACCAUUACUCCAGAUGAGAAGCGAGUUGAAGAAUUCAAGUUGAAGAAGAUGUGGAAGAGCCCAAAUGGGACCAUUCGAAAUAUUCUAGGGGGAACUGUGUUCAGAGAGGCCAUCAUUUGCCAGAAUAUCCCACGUCUUGUGACACCUUGGCUCAAACCCAUCAUAAUUGGCAGACAUGCUCAUGCUGACCAGUACAAAGCUGUAGACUUCGUGGUCCCAAGUGAAGGAGGAAAAGUGGAGCUUGUGUAUACCAGUCCAAGUGGAACUGUAGAAAAGCAUCUGGUUCACGAGUACGAUGAUGGGGGUGGUGUUGCACUGGGAAUGUUCAACACAGAUUCUUCCAUCCGAGACUUUGCUCAUUCCUCUUUCAAAUUUGCGCUUGAGAGAGGUUACCCCCUUUACAUGAGCACUAAGAACACCAUACUUAAGAAAUAUGAUGGACGCUUCAAGGACAUCUUUGAAGAAAUUUAUGAAAAAGAAUACAAGGCACAGUUUGAAGCAAAGAACUUGUGGUAUGAGCAUCGACUCAUUGAUGACAUGGUGGCAUAUGCCCUCAAGUCAGAGGGAGGUUUUGUCUGGGCAUGCAAGAACUAUGAUGGUGAUGUUCAGAGUGACACUGUUGCUCAGGGUUAUGGCUCACUGGGGAUGAUGACAUCUGUGCUGGUGUGUCCGGAUGGAAAGACCGUGGAAGCCGAGGCAGCCCACGGUACCGUCACUCGACACUACCGGGUUCACCAGAAAGGGCAGGAAACAUCGACCAAUCCCAUUGCAUCCAUAUUUGCAUGGACUAGAGGUCUGGCUCACCGAGCUAGGUUGGAUGACAAUCAGGCACUGGCUGAUUUCUGUAAGAAACUUGAGGUAACCUGCAUUGAAACCAUUGAAGCUGGCUUCAUGACAAAGGACUUGGCCAUCUGCAUCAAAGGCAUGAACCACGUGCUGAGGGGAGAUUAUCUGAACACAUUUGAGUUCAUGGAUAAGCUGAUGGAGAACCUCAAGAAAAAAUUGAACGACUGACGUCCACUUACUCUGGCCUCUAGACUCUGAUGGGAUUUGACAUGCUCUUGUUAUUUUAGCUCUCUGGGGGGGUGAUUAUCAUAUGAAGUACAUUCUACUAUUGAUAUGGAAAUCUUUUUACUUUUUUUCAGAUACAUUCCAUACUUGCUUAGUUGAAGGAAUUCUUCAGAGACAAUUAUCUUAGGCCUGUCAUGUCUUUCAAGGGUAUAUUUGUAUUUUCGCUCAUGGAUUCACUGGUACUUCCAGUGUGUUGCAAUAUUUUCAUCUGAGAAAGCUCAUAUUUUUAUCCCAAAAAAGUUAGCUUUAUAUUCCUCUGUUCAUGGCUUUUAAAAUGAAAUAUUUUUCAUCCUGUGA